AUGUCCCCUAUCUUCCUGGGAGACUCGGAGGAUGCGGCCCCAUGCAGAUGCGGGCCUCCAUCAAGCCCGAGCCCUGAGCUCAGCGGCACUGAAACGGCCUUGACGUCGGACACCGAUGGCCCGGAGCUACUCAACCCGGCACCGCAGGGCCCAGAGCCUAUCGCCAUCAUUGGAAUGGGCUGCCGUCUGCCCGGCGGUGCAUCGACGCCCUCCAAGCUGUGGGAUCUCUUGGAGGCCGGCAGGUCAGCGCAGGGCCGACUGCCAGCCGACAGAUACAACAUGGACGCCUUCUACCACCCCAACGGGGACCGUCCCGGCAGCAUGAACACUUCGGGCGGCUACUUCAUCCAGGAGGACGUGCGGGGGUUUGACAACUCCAUGUUUGGCAUCAACCACCUCGAAGCCAUGUACAUGGACCCCCAACAGAGGAAGCUGCUCGAGGUGACGUUUGAAGCCUUUGAGGCGGCCGGGCUUUCGCUCGAAGCCAUGUCGGGGGCCAACGUGGGCUGCUACGUGGGCAAUUUCGUCACCGACUUCAUCACGAUGCAGCUCAAAGACCCCGAGUACACGCACCGAUACACGGCGACCGGGUCCGGGACGACCAUCCUGGCCAACCGCAUCAGCCACGUCUUCAACCUCAAGGGCCCCAGCUUCGUCAUAGACACGGCGUGCUCGUCGUCGCUCUACUGCCUGCACGCGGCCUGCUCGGCGCUGUGGCAGGGGGAAUGCGACGCGGCCGUGGUGGCGGGCGCCAACCUCAUCCAGUCGCCCGAGCAGCAGCUCGCCACCAUGAAGGCCGGCGUCCUGUCGGGCACGUCGACCUGCCACACCUUUGACGCGUCUGCGGACGGGUACGGCCGCGCCGACGGCAUCGGCGUCCUGCUGGUCAAGCGGCUGAGCGACGCCGUCCGCGACAACGACCCCAUCAGGAGCGUCAUCCGGAGCACGGCCGUCAACAGCAACGGCAAGACCAACGGCAUCACGCUCCCCAGCGCCGAUGGCCAGGAGGCCGUGAUCCGUAAAGCCUAUGCGCUUGCCGGUCUGGGGUACGACGACACGGACUACGUCGAGUGCCAUGGCACCGGGACGGCGGUCGGCGACCCCAUCGAGGUCGAGGCGCUCUCGCGUGUGUUUCGGCGGCAGCCCGCGUCGCGGCCACUGCUGAUCGGGUCUGUCAAGACGAACCUCGGACACAGCGAGGCGGCCAGCGGCAUCUCCAGUCUGCUCAAGGUGGCCAUGGCGCUGGAGUGCGGACGGAUCCCGCCCACCAUCGGCAUCGGCUCGCUCAACCCCAAGCUCAAGCUUGACGAGUGGAACAUGCGCAUCGUCACCGAGAACACGGACUGGCCGCAGAAAGAAACGGGCGCCGGGCAGCCGACGAGGAGGGCACUCCGCCGCGCUGGAGUGAACUCGUUUGGCUACGGAGGUGCCAACGCCCACUGCAUCCUCGAGUCUGCCGACGCGCAUGUCCCUCGGGGCUACCGCGAGCGUGGUGCUGCUGCUGCUGCGGCUGCUGCUGCUCGGCUGGCCAGCACGACCGGCGCCGCGAGGACGGCUCUGCUCAUACCCGUCUCCGCCAAGAGUGCGUCGUCGCUCGAACGAAAAGCCGCCGACCUUGCCAGCUACGUCGCCGCCAAGACGGCCAGCGGGAGCAGCCUGGAGGCGUCAGACCUGGCGUACACACUCGGCGUGCGGCGAUCGCACCUCUCCUCGCGGGGGUUCUGGAUCGUGGGACCAGGCUCGCUGUCACGAGACGUCGUCGUAGCCAGCGACGAGGACAAGACCGCAGACAAACUGUACAGGCGAAUCGCCGGGCGGACGUACGGCAAACAUGCACUCGCGUUCGUCUUCACGGGCCAGGGCGCCCAGUGGGCAGGGAUGGGCCGGGAGCUGAUGGACGAGUUCCCCAGCUUCCGGCGGACGGUGCAGAUGUUGGACUCGACGCUGCAGCUGCUGCCGCAGGCGCCGACGUGGACGCUGCGCGGCGCGCUGCUGGAGCCGCCCGAGUCCAGCUCCAUCAACCUCGCGUCCCGCAGCCAGCCGGUCUGCACGGCCGUGCAGCUCGCGCUGGUGCGCCUGCUGCGCGGGUGGGGCGUCGCGCCCGAGCUCGUCGUCGGCCACUCGUCGGGCGAGAUCGCCGCCGCCUACGCGGCCGGCAGGCUCACGGCCCGGCAGGCCAUCGCCGUGGCCUACUAUCGUGGCUACGCCGUGGAGCGCGCCACCUCGGUCGGCGCCAUGAUGGCGGCCGGGCUGUCGCAGGACGAGGCGGACGCGGACGUGUCGGCUCUGGGCCUGACGGGCAAGAUCCGCGUCGCCUGCGUCAACUCGCCCGAGAGCGUCACCAUCAGCGGCGACACCGACGGCGUCGAGGCUUACAAGGCCGUCCUGGACGGUCGCGGUGUGUUUGCGCGCCUGCUCAAGACGGACGGCCGGGCGUACCAUUCGCAUCACAUGGCCGCCGUUGGGGGUUUAUACGAGGACCUCGUCGUCGAGGCGUUGGCUUCGGCUGCAGUGAGGAACGACUUGGACGACGAGGAGGCGCAGAAGAGUACGUCGCCGGCACGGUGGAUCUCGUCAGUGACGGGCCAGGUCGUUGGCGACGAGAUGCCCACGGCUGAGCCGUCCUACUGGCGUGCCAACCUCGAGUCGCCCGUGCUUUUCGCCCAGGUCGUCGAGAAGCUCCUGUCGCCGGGCAAGCCGGUUCAUCUGGUGGAGAUAGGUCCGCACUCGGCCCUGGAGAUGCCCAUCAGGCAGACCCGCACCAAGGUCGGCAUCGAUCCGGCCAAGACACCUUACAACUCGGCCCUGCUGCGCGGCAAGAACUCGACCACGACCAUGCUGACCCUGGCCGGCGAGCUGUUUCUACACGGACACUCUAUAUCCUUUGGUGCCGUCAAUGACAACAGCAGUAACAAUCACCUUCCGUCGCGCUUCCCGCCAACCAAGCCAGGCUUGCUACUACUCUCUGCAGCGGCGCGGCAGCCCCGGGUGCUGACGGACCUGCCCAAGCACGUGUGGGACUACGACGGCGGCGCAGGCUUCAACGAGCCGCGCUCCAGCGUCGAGUGGCGGAACCGCACCCACCCCCGCCACGACCUGCUGGGCUCCCGCGUCCUCGGCGGCGACGGCAUCACGCGCCAGUGGCGGAACCUGCUGCGCGCCGCCGACGUCGCCUGGCUGGUCGGCCACAAGCUCGACACCACGACCGUGCUGCCUGCUGCCGGGUACCUAGCCAUGGCCAUCGAGGCCGUCUGCCAGACGGCGGGCGUCGACUUGGAGAAGCACGAGCAGGGGCUGCCGCGGUGUAGGUUUGGUCUGCGUCACGUCCAUGUGGAAAAGGCGCUCAUGGUACCAGAUGACCAGCAGGCGGGCAUCGAGGUCUUUACGACGCUGCAGCCCGCAACAGCUCCCAAGACGGCGACGGCGGCGGCUGCGGCGGCGGCGGCGGCGUCUUCAGGCUGGUACAAGUUCAUCGUCAGCUCCUUCGUCGCAGGCGAGUCGACGCGGCACGCCCAUGGGCUGGUCAGAAUCACGCAAGACGAAGGGACGUCGCCCGGCGGAACCAAACCGCCCGAAUCGUCACCUCCACCACUCCCCGUCGACGCCGACGCCAUGGAGCCGAGCGCCCCGCGCACCUGGUACAGGAAGUUCGUGCAGGAGGGCCUCAACUUCAGCGGGCCGCUGCAGUCCCUCUCCGGGAUCGAAACCCACCGCCGCCGAGGGCAGAUGCACCUGCUGGCCCGGACCUCCCUCGCCCCGGGCCUCGGCGGCGAGUCGGCUUACGCCCUGCACCCCAUCGCCAUCGACGCGCUGUUCCAGUCCGGCCCCAUCGCCUGCACCCGAGGCGUCGUGCGCGACUUUACCGCAAAGGUCCCCGUCUACAUCGAGGAUAUGGAGUUGCGCAUGCUCGACAGGUCGCUGGCGCCAGGCCCGUCUCGGUCGGGUCACGAGGCUUCCGAUGCGCCUGCCCGACAGGGUAGCAUCCGCACCAUCUGCAAAGCGGCAGGACUCGGUGCCAUUAGUGUCGAUUCACAGCUGUACGAGGGCGAGGAUCUCGUAUUGCGCAUCUCGGGCUGCCGCAUGGUGCCGUACAGCAGCGGCGCGGCCGGGAGCGCUGGGUCAGCGGACAGGUAUGAGCGUCACCCUAUGCUGCACGUGGCGUGGAAGCCAGACGUGGAUAGGCUCGCCGACGUCGGUGUUGAGCACGGCGCGGCCGCCUUGAGCGCCUACCUGUCGCGGUUCCAGGGGACCGAUGGCAAGGGAGACGGUAAGGGAGACGGCGGCAGUGGACUGCUGGGAGCGGCCAGGCUUGCCGGUGGCGUGCUUGACCUGGUGGUGCACAAGCGGCCGACGCUCCACGUUCUUCUGGCCAGCUCUUCGCAUGAUGAGAAGGCCGUGAGCCACCUGCGCGAGCUCCUCGGGGUCGGGACUGCUUUCCGGCGCUGCCUGUCCUUGUGGAAGCGAAGCGCCGAUGAGGAUGGGGCUGUGCAGUUUCAAGACCUGUCUGCAGAGGGUGACCCAGCAGCCAACGGGAGUGCCGAUGAUGCUGCUAGCUCUGCUCCCCCGUCCAUCUUUGACGUACUGGUCAUCUUGGACACGUCGGCUGCGGCAUCUUCUUCUUCGGAUGACUUGACCUUGCACUCAUCCCUGGUCGACGAAAACAAGGGCACAGUUAUCUGGAGUGGUCUACCAUCCCGCGGCUCCAUCACGGCCAAGUUAUCGUCUCUGGGGUUUUCGUCCAUGGAAGCCCAGCAGAGCCAUGAGACCGAGAUGUUGGAGGUCGUUUUGGCCAGGCGUAUCCCCCCUGGCAAGAAGCAGGAGCCUACACACCGAGAAGUGCUCAUCGUGGAGAGAAACCCAGGCCACGAGCUAAACGGCGAGCUCGCUCUCCACAUCGCCGAGCUGACCAAGAAACCCGCCGUGCGCGUGACCCUCGACAAGGUGACACCGGAGCUGGCGGCCGCCCACGCCACCGUCAUCGCCACCGUGGAGCUCCAAGACGCCCUCCUCGCCGACGUCCAAGACGGUGACUUUGCCCAGAUCAAGACCCUCACUGACAACUGCAGCAACCUGAUCUGGGUGACGGGCGGUGGCCUGGCCGACGGCACGCGGCCGGAGCAGGCCGUGGUCUUUGGGCUGUCGCGCGCCCUCAUGAUGGAGCAGCCGUCCCUGCGGUUCUUUGUCGUCGGCGUCGACGGCGAGUCUGUGGCGGCCCAGACCAUCGCGAAGCAGGUCGUCGGCGUAGCGAAGCAGGCGCUGCUCGACGACCCGGAGCCCGACUUUGAGUUUGUGCAAGACGGCACGGCAGGUGGCGCUCUGCAGGUCAGCCGGUUCGUGCCCGACGAUUCCAUGAACUCGACGUUCCGGCAGAGGCAGCCCAACGCCGCCGAGACGCUCCAGAUGAGGCUGGGCGAGGCUCACCCCUGCCGCCUGAGCUUGAACGGGCCUGUGGCGGCCAGCAUGUCGGAUGCUUUUGUUUUUACCCGAGAUAUCGCACACAAAGGCAUCGACGACGAUCUCAACGAGCACGAGGUCCAGGUCAGGAUAUUGGCUGUGGGCCUUCACGCCCGGGACCUCCGCGCCAUGACAGGCGAGAUGUGGGACGGCGACGGCGACACGCAACCCCAGGCCGUGACCUCGCAGUAUGUGGGCAGGAUCAUCCGUGUCGGAUCCGCCGUGGACAGCCUGGUCGUCGACGACCACGUCCUAGCCAUGGCGCCAGGCCUCUGCGCCACCGUGGAGCGCAUCCCGGCGUCGUCGUGCCGCCGCCUGAGCGACGGCGAAGACCCUGCCACCAUGGCCAGCAUCCCAGUGCCCGCGUGCACCGCCCUGCACGCGCUGCGCGACCGUGCCCGCCUCCAACCGGGCGAGACUCUGCUCGUCUGCUACCGCGACGCCGACGCCCAGGGCCGCGAUAUAUCUGGCCCUGCCGCCGUGCACAUCGCCCGGGCCCUCGGGGCCAACGUCCUUGCCGUUGUGGUGGUUGACGAUGACGGCGACGAUGACGCGACGAGACAAGAACAACGCUCCUCGAUAAGUGACGACCUCGGACUGCCCGAGCCACAAGUCAUGCUGGUCAAGGCCGGCGACGAGGCUGUGUUUGGGUCCGAUGUGGUCAGCCGCCACGGACCGGUGCACGUGGUUGCAAACUUCUGCGCGGACCGUUGGCCAGUUUCCAACGUCGCGGCCGUUUGUGCCGACAACGCCCGCAUCGUCCACGUCGGGCGCGGCACGGUGCUAGGCGAGCUCGUGGCCACCGAUCCUGCCAUCCUGCGGAGGAACGUUGCCCUGUCGACAUUUGACGUCAGCACGCUGUUCACGGCCUCGCCCUCGUCGCCCUCGUCGCCCUCCACAACACGCGGCGGGCAGCUGUUGGAUGGCGUCUUGUCGCUCUGGCGUCAAGGCCAACUUCAAGGUCUGCCGGGCAUCCGGCCGCGCCUUUUUGACGUGGGCAACCUGGCCGAUGCGUUCCGCGCCCUCGCCGCCACCGGCGCCAAGAACACCAGCCCCCCGGUCGGUCGAGGCGUGGUGUCGGUCUCGUUCGGCGACAGCUCCCCCGUGCGCGUGGCGGCGGCCAGCUACCACACCGUCUUCAGCCCGGACAAGAGCUACCUCCUGGUGGGCUGCCUGGGCGGGCUGGGGCGGAGCAUGUCGCGGUGGAUGCUGUCGCGCGGGGCGCGCAGGUUCGUGUUCCUCGGGCGCAGCGGCACGGACCGCGAGGCGGCGGCGCGGCUGGUGCAGGACCUGGAGCUGAGCGGCGGCAGCGUCACGGUGGUGCGCGGCGACGUGGCCGACGCGGCGGACGUGGAGCGCGCCGUGGCCGCCUCGGCAGCCGCGGGCCCCAUCGGCGGCGUCGUGCAGGCGGCCAUGGGCCUGGACGAGGCGCUCUUCACGGCCAUGCCGGCCGCGUACUGGCGCAAGGGCCUGGCGCCCAAGGUCCGGGGGUCGCUGAACCUGCACGCCGCGCUGCGCGGCCGCGACGCCGCCCUCGACUUCUUCCUCGUGACGUCGUCCGUGUCCGGCAGCGUCGGCACCGCCACCGAGAGCAACUACUGCGCCGCCAACUACUUCCUCGACGUGUUUGCCCGCUACCGUCGCGCCCUGGGUCUGCCCGCCACCUCGGUCGGGCUCGGCAUGAUCUCCGAGGUCGGCUACCUGCACGAGAACCCCGAGAUCGAGGCCAUGCUGCUGCGCAAGGGCAUCCAGGCCAUCGGCGAGGACGAGAUGCUGAACAUGAUCGACAUCUCCCUGUGGAGGUCGGCAGCGGGUGGCCGGGGCGCUUCCUUGUCGGCCUGGGGCGCCACCGACCACGCGCUCGCCCACACCCUCACGGGCCUCGAGCCCAUUGGCGUGCGCGAGCUGCGCGCCCAGGGCUUCGACGUGUCCAGCCCGGUGCUGGGCGACCCGCGCGCGAGCCUCCUGGCCGCCGCGCUCGCCGCCGACGAGAACGAGUCUGGAGGUGGAGGCGCCGGCGUAGGCGGCGGCGGUACGUCUGCCAGCGGCGGAGGCCUGCCGGCGGGACUGGCGCGCGCGGUGGCCGCGGGCGCUGUCGGGGAGGUCGCCGCGCAGGCGUUGGAGCUGAUCGCGGACAAGUUUUCCAACCUGGUCCUGGUCCCGCGGGACAGGUUGGAUCUUUUGCGCCCACUGAGCGACGUCGGUGUCGACAGCAUGUUGGCGGCCGAGUUCAGGGGCUGGAUCUACCAGCAGGUCAAGGUCAACGUGCCGUACUUGACCAUGCUGGCGUCGACUACGACCUUGACCAUGUUGUCCGAGCUGAUUGCUGGGAAGCUGCUUGAAGCAUGA